AGCACAUUAUCUUUCACAGCAGCUUCAUUGGUAGUUUGAUAAAGCAGAAGAGCCAAGCUUUCUGCUCCGUAUAGUGUUGCUCCCAGGACCCUACUCAAGCGACUAAUGGAAACAUUGCCGGAUCUUUCCACCAAGGCAAGAUACCCAAAGGCAACUUCUUCCACUAUUAUCCAACCUCUACAAUCACUGGCUUCCUCAACAUCCACUACCCAGAUCAUUCAACCUUUCGCCGGAUACUCGGCCACUACUACGCUUCAUCCAAUUGCAGCUAUUUCUACUUCUCUCCCUUCUACUGUCUCCGGCACAAUGCGGCGAUCAAACAACGUGGCCGAGAUCCCUCUCCCUAUCACCUAUACACCGACCACACACCGAAUCAGCAAAGCGAAGAAAGGGAAACGAGUACACGCUUGUGAAUUCCCCGGUUGCAAUAAAGUAUUCACUCGCGCAGAGCAUCGAAGACGACAUGAGUUGAACCACAACCCGGAGGCUUCCUUCCCAUGUACUUACGAAGGUUGCCGUAAAGCGUUUCAUCGAUCUGAUCUUUUACAGCGCCACAUGGAAAGACAUGAACUAGAGGGCCAGUCUGACAGUGGAAUGUCACAGCAAUGGCGGCAUCAGAGCAAGUCCGCCUCUAUCACAUCUGCUCCUACCACUAUGAUAACAUCAGUGCCAUUAGAUGUCACAUCUGCAUCGUACCCGACCAGCCAGGUCUCCACUCCUUUGUCCUCAGCAAGCCCAGUGAUUGGAAGUGCAAUCCAUCCAGAUCUUGCUGGUGAUUACUCUUUACCAUGGAACGGCAUGGAGAUUCCUCUUCAACCUCGCCCAGCGGUUUUUGGAAGCCACAUUCGUGACUCCCCGGAUGACUUACCUUUCUACUCUUCUCCAGAUACCUGUGGCUCUCCAGCGUCGGACGCGGCUGGGUAUGGACUACCACCGCACCCUUCCUCUGCCCCAACUUCGGUCAUGGAGCCGUUCGCCUAUUCAGAUCUUACCGCGUCACCUCUACAGCUUCCAGCGGCUACACGCGAAUGGGAUGGCUUGGAUAUCGUCUCUUCCGCCCCUAACAUGAUGCCACUCGCCCUAGACGGAAACCAGAUGAUUCACCCAGUAGAGUCUUCAGUGCCAAUACCCCUCUCACACCUGGAUGGGGAUGAAUGGUAUUCAUUACGACGAGAGCUCACUUCAGCGCCCGGGGUCCUUUCCGGAGACGACGGCAUGGAAAUCAUUGACACUGUAAAAUGGCAAGAUUGUUUUGAGUGCUAUUGGGAACACUUUCAUCCCUUAUUCCCUAUCGUCCACCGCCCUACUUUCUUCACUACUAAACCUAGCCCACUCUUGUCUGGCGCCAUGGUUGCAAUCGGUUCUCAGUUCGAUACACGGCCGAACGCAAAGGAAUACUCCUUGGCUCUUCUCGAAGCUUGCAACAAGUUACUGGCCAAGCGGCCGGCGAUUACCAGUAGAUCUCGAGUGAACGAUAUCCAGGCUGUCUUCCUGCUCGAGCAUCUGUCGAAAUUUAGGUCACGGAAGGCGGAUGUACAGAUCUCCCAUCGGUUUCGCAGUUUAUAUGGAAGUUUUAUGCAAGAUAGACAUUGGGUACAUGUGAAUCCUCUUGCUGUUUUGAACACCCUGCCUCCCGACUCCUCGCAUGAUGCUUUAAAUAGAGCACAAAAGUUCUGGGUUGAACAUGAAACCAGGCGUCGUGUCUUGCAAGCUGCGUUCAUCCUGGACGUUUUGCAAUCCAAACUUUUUGGCCAGCCCUCCGUUUCAGUGCAACCUAGUUCCAAUCCAUUCAACAGGCAACCGCAGAUCUCGCAAGCAACCAAGAUUCCUUUUCCGUGCUGUGCGGAGUUGUGGGAGAGCAAAGAUUUAAGCCAAUGGGUCUCUUUAGCUCGAUCCUACGUCUCUUUAUCUCUUCCUUCCGCUGCCGCUAGCAUCCAUCGACUUUCCGGGCUUCGACCGGAAGGACUGGAUUAUUUCCAAGCCUUUCUGAUUCUAACUUAUAGUUUCUCUUCCUACGUUGACACCGAAGACGAAGGCUUGCCAAAUAACCCACUAAACGCUCUCAUCACAUUUUUCCAAGGUCAACCCGGAAGUCAUCACUCUCAAAUCCUUUUUAGCUAUCAUACUCUGAUGGCCGUACGGUAUACGCCAUUACACACCCUACUUACGGUCAGUGGCGAGUCAUGGCUCUUCAAUCAAAAGAUUGCCCAGGAAGGCGAGUUCUGGAGUGCGAAGACAAAAUUACGACAGUGGGUAUCUGAUACCGACGAUGUCAAAAAAGCUAUCUGGCACGCUGUGAGGGCUUUACAUUAUGCUAUACAUAGCCCUGAAUGGCAAUCGUCUACAGCUACUCCUAUUACAGUCAAUACCGCUUGGACCAGAAAUGUGCCUGUGAUAAAAUCCGCAGCGGCGGGUCCAUCUACCAUGCUACAGGCGACUUGGAGCGUCUAUACUUGCGUUCUGAUAUGCUGGGCAUAUGGAUUUGAUUAUAACAAUCUCGCACGAUCAGAAACAGAAAAUCCACCAGAUCAUCAGGCCGAUGAAGCACGGACAUACAUUCAUAACAUGAUAUCCUUGGCUCCGACCUGGAGACAAAUAUCUCAAACAAACAUUCCAGCAGCAGUGCGUUGCAACAUGUAUCCACUCUUGCAAUAUAUACGGAUGACUCAGCUUCAUGAAGGCCGUACCGGAGGUCUACUCCAUGAAGCCAAUCGAGUACUUGCUCGAUUGUCCGAACCUAGAGGUGCACGAGGUGAAAUAAGGGGCAUGUGGAGUUUCUAGCCCCUGUUCUGCUUGCCGUUAGCUGCAAAGCAUAUUCUUCUAUUCAUGUUUUCUUAAGAUUUACCAUUCAAUCUUUCCCCAGACUCAAAGUAAGUUGGCGAAAGACUUUGUAACGAUGUACAUACAUACGACUUCUGAUGUGGGAUGGCUUUCGGGAUGGUAUGGCGUUUUAGACUACGAUUCCUCAAUCUUUUCUUUUCUCUCUUCGCAUUUGAUACUUGUUGAUUAUGACGUUUUCUUAUCUUACCAGAAUUCUGUCCUGUGAUACCUCUUGUGUAUUAUAUACCCUGUCUUAUUUCCCAUACAGAUAACGCACUGCUUACAACAUGACAUUCCUCUGAUCUUACCGUUGCGAAGUUAGAUAGAUUGUACAUAGAAAUCAAUUUGUUUCAUGG